AUGAUGAAUCUCUUUGGCUCGGCCGCCAAGAGUGUUCAGACAUGGGCUAGUCGCUCUCGACGACCCUCAACUUCAUCGGCACCUGCCGAUACUCAACACCAGCUUCCUCAACUCCCACCCCUUCCACCUAGGCGGCGAGAACCCUCACCAAUCAUCGUUGAAGAUGCAUCGGAUGAGAGCUCGUCAGCAAAUGGACACAUGCCAUCAUUGGUUGGAAGAGAACCCUACCACAGCAGCAGCGACGAUUCGGUGACAACUGAACAGGAUGGACGACAAUCAUUCACUUCCGAUCCACUACAACAAGUCACUCCCCCUCGUCGCGUCACCCAAUCACCAAUCUUCCGACAAGCUAGUCCUUCUUUACUUCCCGGAUUUCAACCACCUACACCCGGAUCACACCUCAGCUCGGGAAUACCUUCGGCUAUUCGAGCCCAGGUUCAUGACGUCAUGGCAGCUCUCGAUACUAACAAUGCGUCUGUCAUUUCCCACCACGGAUCAUCCACACCGCUUGUUGCGAGUUGGAACAGCCACCCGUCCGCUAAUUCGUCCCUUAGCGACUCCUUCCAGACAGGCAUUGAAGGAUCCGGUGCUGGACCAUCUAUCUUCCAUUCACGUGGUACUAGCAAAGCCACCCACCCAUCUCACCGAUCCAACCAUAUCCGAUUCGGCGAUGGGUUCGAUGACAUCCCCAUCAUUCCAGUCUCUGCCUUCCGUAAUGAUGGAGGCCCCGUUGUGGCCAUCCAUGGGAUCCCACCAUGUGGAUAUAGCAGCCAGUUUCUCACGACCAUUGUGGACAAUCACGAGCUUUAUGGGGGGGUAAACAGAACUACAAACCCCGUUGAUUGCAACCACGAUAAUUAUCUCACAAAACUUAAAGGCAAGAAACUGCUCAUUCGUCAUGAAACCACCGGACACAUCUACCAAGUGUUCCCACUUCGAAUCCUCGGACACGACAGUCUUGACGGACACAAGACCUGGCAACUCACCUCUCGCUGGCAUCCAUAUCUCCGUGGACACUUUGAGCGACAGGAUCGAAGCAUGGCCACAUCAGGCAAGACAUAUUACGUUGUGGACGGAUGGUUCGAUGGACUGCAAUGCCAGCGCAUAGUCCAAUCCUUCGCUGAAGGUUGGGCGAUGCAGGCAGAUGUCCUCAACAACGGCGUUAGCGACUCCCCAGUUGGAUUCCGCGAACUGCCAGGAGCAAUUGACUAUCUCCGCAAAAUACAGGAGAUACGUCCAGUCGAUGCAAGAAACAGGAUUCCUCCAAAAUGGGUCAUCGAUGCGGCAUUGCUUGGGACUGAAGACCCUCACUUCGCAUGUGCUACUCACUUUGGACACUCGUCCGCGGCUAGGUCAAACGCCUCACCCGGAGUGGAUGUACCGGUACCAACACCUCUGAGCCAACGUACAGCACCUUCAGCGCCAUCAGCGCCUAGGGAACCAGCAACGAAUCCAACCGGAACUCCACUCCGAAGCGGAUCACGUCAGAGAGCCGAUCCCAUGAUCGAAGUCACGACAGCAGACGGCCAGAGAGUUUCAGUGCCAGCAUCCUCUAUCAACCGAAGCGUCGGCACCUUCUCCAGAUCACGUGACAACGGAUCAGUCAGUAGCCUGGACAGUCUGUGGAUGAGUCACAUCGAAUCGCAACACCACCUAAAGGAUGCUCUCGGAGCCAUUGUACAAGGUAAUCGCUUCACUCAUGACGAUCAGCUACGGGCAUCAACCGAUCUUCCCCAGCUCCCAGCAGCGCCUACCUCCACUGCUCUAUACCAAUGGAAAUGUGGAGUUGAGAACGCACUGACUGGCGAUCAUUGGGAAGCCGAUGACCAGGAAAUUUGGGAAUAUUCUUUGACGACUGAUAGCAACAAGGAUAUCUCCAAGGUCAUGGCACGGUUGUUGGUGAAAGCCACGAAACAGAGUCGCACCAUCACAGACCUCCUGCAACGAGAGCCUACACUCAAACGCCGUGGUCCAGAACUCCUUCAGGCCGUGCUUGAUACCUUUCUUCCCAUCACAAGCGACCGCGUGGACGACCGUUUUGCCGAUGUCAGCACUGUGGUCCAAGAACAACGUGAAUUCUGUGCAUCUUUUCUGCUCCGUCUCCGGUUCUUCAACCGCCAAUAUGGAGCUGCCAGCGGCAAUCCCCUCUCUGAGUCAACAUUACGUGGUUGGUUUGUCGCUGGAACAGUCCGUCAUGGUCCAUACCGUACGGUCCUCAGCAAAUGUUAUGCGCGAUUGAUUCGUCCCGGUGGCAAACUCAAUGGAACGCCUACACUCCAAUGCACACUGGAUCAACUCGCCGAAUACUUCGACAACAUCCUCACCGGAGCUGAGAACAACAAGUACUAUUCGGACAGCAAAUUACUCAGCGGUGAAGCACCUAUUCGCGCCUACUCCCUUCGUGGCAAGGGCCAGAAGACUGGAUCUGUUUGUGAUGGUUCUCCUGGCGAACCAAGGGGGGUAGCUUUUCAAACUUCCCUUGACGUCACUGACCCCAUGGCACUGGUUGAUGCUCUUCGCCCAUUCGAAGACAUCAACGUCACCAAGGAACAAGCCCAGAAUGUUCUCUACCACUAUGCGUGCCCGUGGUGUGCAAUUGCCCACAAUAAGAAUCCCAACAGACACCACAUGUCCAACUGUGAGCAUUGCAUCCCUGGGUACAAUAUUGAAUUCGAUGGAGCUGCCUACAAAGAAGCCAAGGCCAACAGACGCAACCGAACACGCAACAACAAUGAGUCGGGCACGGCACGAGCAACUAGUCGCACGUCGCGACGGUCAAUUACGCCCUCCGAUUCUGAUGACGACUCCAGCGAGAACAGCACCCCUUAA